GCCAGUGGGUGGUGACGUCACCUGCAGUCCAUGCUGCAUUUUUCGGGCUGCUCAAAACUGCUUCACAUUAGGAUAUAAACACCACACUUCACCAACAAUGGGGAUUCUGGAUAAGAUCGCGGAGAUAGAGAGGGAAAUCUCCCGAACACAGAAGAAUAAAGCAACUGAGUACCAUCUGGGUUUAUUAAAAGCCAAGCUAGCCAAAUACAGAGCUCAGCUUCUGGAGCCCUCAAAGUCAGCAGGGGCCAAAGGUGAAGGCUUCGAUGUGAUGAAAUCUGGAGAUGCCAGAGUGGCACUGAUUGGAUUCCCCUCGGUUGGCAAGUCUACAUUUCUCAGUUUAAUGACAAAAACAGAAAGUGAAGCGGCUUCUUAUGAAUUCACAACCUUGACCUGCAUCCCUGGUGUCAUUGAGUACAAAGGUGCCAACAUACAGCUGCUGGAUUUGCCUGGUAUUAUUGAAGGGGCUGCACAAGGUAAGGGCAGAGGUAGACAGGUCAUCGCUGUGGCCAGAACUGCAGAUGUGGUCAUCAUGAUGCUGGAUGCGACUAAAGGAGAUGUUCAGAGGGAACUUUUGGAAAAAGAGCUUGAAUCUGUUGGCAUCAGACUCAACAGACCCAAACCAAAUAUCUAUUUUAAGCCUAAAAAAGGUGGUGGCCUGUCCUACAACUCAACAGUUCCUCUCACACAGUGCUCAGAGAAGCUCGUUCAGCUCAUUCUUCAUGAGUACAAAAUCUUCAACGCUGAGGUUUUGUUCAGAGAGGACUGCUCUCCAGAUGAUUUCAUCGACGUCAUCGUGGGCAACCGUGUGUACAUGCCUUGCUUAUACGUGUACAACAAGGUGGACCAGAUUUCUAUUGAGGAAGUGGAUCGUCUUGCUCAUCGACCAAACAGUGUAGUGAUCAGCUGUGGAAUGAAACUCAAUCUAGAUUACCUCCUGGAGCAGUUAUGGGAAUAUCUGGCUCUCAUCUGCAUAUAUACCAAGAAGAGAGGAGAACGACCAGAUUUUGGGGACCCUAUAAUCAUGAGACGAGCGGCAUCAGUUAAACAUGUGUGUCACAGAAUCCAUCGGACAUUAGCUAGCCAGUUCAAGUAUGCACUUGUCUGGGGAACAAGCACAAAGUACAGUCCUCAGAGAGUAGGACUGACCCACAUCAUGGAGCACGAGGAUGUCAUUCAGAUUGUGAAGAAAUAAAAUCUAGUCUCCAGAUCCUCUACAGUAUCAACAGAACAUUGAAUACAUUUUCUGUUAUCAACUGCAAUGUUUUUAGCAGCUUCAUGGGAAAACCUGUGAUCGACAAUUGAAAAGUGAUUAUUUUGUUUAUGGAAAUCAUCUACCUGACAAAACCCAGUAUAAUAAAUAACAUUCAGAUCUUU